CGCUCCGCCCAUGGGCCUUUCUGCGCAUGCUCUGCGGCCCAGGUAGCGGAGAGCGCCAGGUCCCGUCAUGGAAGCUGCUUCGACGCCCGGGCCGACCCAGGGAGUCACAGAAAACCAAGGCGUUCUGUCGGCGGCAGGAGCCCUGGUGGAGCUCACCCCGACCCCCGGCGGCCUGGCCCUGGUGAGCCCCUACCACACCCACCGGGUCGGGGACCCUUUAGACCUCGUGGCGCUCGCGGAGCAGGUGCAGAAGGCUAAUGAAUUCGUAAGAGCAAAUGCCACCAACAAGCUGACAGUCAUAGCUGAGCAAAUCGAACAUUUGCAAGAACAAGCCAGGAAGGUAUUGGAGGAUGCUCGCAGAGAUGCUGACUUGCACCAUGUGGCUUGUAAUAUAGUGAAAAAACCUGGCAACAUUUACUACCUUUAUAAACGGGAGAGUGGUCAGCGGUAUUUUUCCAUUAUUUCCCCAAAGGAAUGGGGGACAAGUUGUCCACAUGACUUCCUUGGUGCCUACAAGCUACAGCACGACUUGUCAUGGACUCUGUAUGAGGACAUUGAGAAGCAGGAUGCUAACAUCAGCAUCGUGAACAAGUUGCUAAGCCAGCCAGUAGCUCUGCCUCCAAGCACUGAACCCAGCUUCCAGGGAUUCACUUCCACUGAGGGUGGCCUCUGACAAAGGCUGUCAUGACAAGGACCUGUCACCUCCCUGUUGCCCCAAUCUCUGCCUUGAUGGGAGGUAGCAUGAGAAUCGAGGGCACGUAGGUGAAUCAUGAACUUCUUUGAAGGUGGUCCCGUGUGAAUGUAAAUGCUGUCAUCGUUACUUUUAGUUGGGAUGGUAAAGAAUGACAUCACUUUCUUUGGGGAUCCUCUCUGGGUCACAGAUACCCAACCAGUCAGUUUCAGAGUACCAGGCAAUGUACUUUCCUUCUCCUUUAUCUCCAUCUGUUCUCCUGUAAGUCAGAUCAUUAGAGAAAGAAGAGUUUCUUC